AUGAGUGAUUCCGAAUACGAAAAGACUGUGAGUUAGUUCUAAUGGGAAUCUUUGGACCUGAAAGCAAUCUUGGCAGGCUUGGACAGAACUGACAACAUCGCCGACUGUCAGGGUUCUGAAAUUUGAUGGAAGCAAUAUUGAACCAUCAGACAUUAUCGAUUGUCUCCUGGCAUUCGAAGUGGCCACAAAGAAAUCAUUCACGCUCAGAAAUUUUCACGAAUAUUUCCAUUUUGAAGAGCUUAUCAGGCAAAAAUACCGGUAAGUUAUAGAGAAAACACAAAAACCUAUUGUAUUUUUUUCAGCCAUGUAAGAUCGUCAUUUCAAUACUCCUACAAUGAUGAACAUCACAUUUUAUCUAUUGAAGAUCAUUUUCGUCUAAACACGACGGGAGUCUGCACGCCUUUUUGA